GUCUUUCAGGGACAAUACCUAUUUUACUCCUCAAAUGGCACACAAUUCUUCAUCAAGGGUGUUGCCUACCAACAAGGCAUCGCUCCAGGAGGAGCGGCAGAGACCACAGAUGCAACCUUUAUCGACUCACUCGCAGAUGGUGCAAGCUGCCAAAGAGAUAUUCCCAUGCUCCAGCAGCUGGGCACCAACACAAUCCGUGUCUACGCAGUUGACCCUACACAGGACCACUCAACGUGCAUGAACGCCCUCGAUGCCGCAGGUAUCCACGUGAUUGCCGACCUGAGCGUUCCCGGCCAGUCCAUCAACAGAGACACCCCUGCCUGGACAACGGACCUCUUUGCACGGUACCAGGGUGUGAUCGACAACCUAUCCCAGUACCAAAACACCCUCGGCUUCUUCGCGGGCAACGAGGUCACCAACAACAAGACCAACAGCGCCUCCUCAGCGUUCGUCAAGGCCGCCGUCCGCGACAGCAAGGCUUACAUCCAGUCCAAGAACCUAGGCCGGUGGAUCGGCGUGGGCUAUGCCACCAACGACGAUGCAGAGACCCGCGACAACCUCGCCAGCUACUUCAACUGUGGCUCGGACCAGUCAGCCGCUGUCGACUUCUGGGGGUACAACAUCUACGAGUGGUGCGGCCAGAGCACGUUCCAAGCCAGCGGGUAUCAGGAGCGCACGGAGGCGUUUUCCAACUACUCUGUCCCUGCCUUCUUCUCCGAGUACGGAUGCAAUGUCCCGGAUGGGGCUGCAGGGCGGGUCUGGGAGGAGACGGGCGUCCUGUACAGCUCGUUAAUGAACACAGUCUGGAGCGGUGGGAUUGUGUAUGAGUACUUUGAGGAACAGAAUGACUUUGGUCUCGUCUCACUGUCUGGCAGCACCGUCACCCCUCUGAAGGACUUCAGCACGCUGGCCACGGCAAUCCAAGAGGUCGAUGCCAACGCGACAAGCACAGGGAUCGAAAUGGCUUCCUACUCCCCUUCCAACGUGCCACGCGCCUGCCCACCUGUCCAGGCAGACCUUUGGCUCUCCGCUGAGGCUCUCCCUCCGACGCCCAAUGUAACCGCCUGCGAAGACAUGGUAGCCGAGUCAUCAUGUGUCCCGACCGAGGAGGUGGCCAGCGACCCGGACAAGCUGGCCUCGCUGUUCGGCACGAUUUGCGGGCUAGACGCAAGCGCAUGCACGGGCAUCACGUCCAACGCCACGAGCGGGACAUAUGGUGCCUUUGUCAUGUGCAACACGACGCAGCAGCUGACCAACGCCAUGAACCAAUACUACACGAACCAGAACAAGGCCAGCACUGCCUGCGACUUCUCGGGCCAGGCUAA